GUUCUAUUUAACUCAAAGACCCAUCUCUUCCUACUUUUUCUUUCAUUCUUUCCGAUUCACAGAAACAACUCCUCUUUACUCAAACCCUUCUUCCUCAUAACAACAAAAACAGAAACCCCUUUCCCCCAAACCCUAGAAUCGCCACAGACAGAUCCUCAUCGUUCCCAAUCCAAUUCCCAACAAUUUCUUUCUAUCCGAAACACCGUUGACCACACACACCCGAGUUUUUAUCCAUAAAAGUACCGUUUUUUUAUUCCUGGGUCCCCUUUUUUUCUCCUUCUCUUUUAUUGGGCAUAGGAAUGUUGGGUACUGGGUUGAACUUCAGGCGCGCUCGCGGCGAGGAUCGAUUCUAUUCUCCGGCGAAGGCUCGCCGGUCGCUUCACACCAUGGAGAAUGACAAGCUUCGUAGGGUCCACAGCGAUGUCGCCGCGUCUCGCUCCGUCAGAGACAAAUCGGUCGGCUCGGGUAACCGGGUACCUGAGAACCGGGUCGGGUCGGAUGAGGCAAAGAAGAGCGGCGCGGUUCCUUCGUGCGAACCGGUGGCGAACCGGUUGAGUAAUCUGGAGCGGUUCUUGCAGGCGAUCACGCCCUCCGUGCCUGCUUUGUAUCUGCCUAAGAGAACGACAAGAGGACUCAGGGCGUGUGAGGCGGAGUUUCAGCCUUACUUCGUCCUCGGGGAUUUGUGGGAGUUCUUUCGGGAAUGGAGUGCUUAUGGCGCAGGAGUGCCACUUGUACUGAAUGACAAGGAUAGUGUUGUGCAGUACUAUGUUCCCUAUCUUUCUGGGAUCCAAAUUUAUUCCCAGAAUGUGAAGCCAGCUGUAAAGUCAAGGCAACUUGGGGAGGAUAGCGACAGUGAUUUUAGGGACUCAAGUAGUGAUGGUAGCAGUGAUAGCGAACCUGUACAUGGAAGGGGAUUGAGGAAUCUUCCCCAUCUGUCAGAAGAGGUGCCUCAAUGGAUGGGCAGAUUAUCUUUGAGAGACCACCAUUCUCUUCCACAAGAUGGGUUUUCUAGUGAUGAUGGAGAAUCUGCCAAUUCUCAGGGUUACUUGAUUUUUGAGUAUCUUGAACGGGACCCUCCUUACAGUCGGGAGCCUUUGGCUGAUAAGAUAACGGACCUUGCUUUUCAAUUCCCUGAACUGGUGACCCUCAGAAGUUGUGAUAUACUACCAUCAAGUUGGAUAUCUGUAGCCUGGUAUCCAAUUUACAGGAUACCAACUGGUCCAACAUUAAAAGAUCUAGAUGCAUGUUUUCUGACAUACCAUUCUCUUUAUACGCCCAUGGGAGGUUCACAAAGAGUGCAGGCUCCCAUGCCACAUCCUACUGAGAUGGACCAUGUCCAUAAAAUGUCUUUACCUGUUUUUGGUCUUGCUUCAUAUAAGUUCAAAGGAUCUCUGUGGACUCCUAAUGGUGGACAUGAAUGCCAGCGGUCUCUUUUGCAGGGUGCUGACGACUGGUUAAGACUGCAUCAAGUCAGUCAUCCAGAUUUUCAGUUUUUCAGCCGUUGAUGAUGUUAAGGUGACUGUAAUGUUAUUAUACUUUGGCCAUUUAUGAAUAGUACCUAAGUAUUUGCCAGUGCCUCCUAUGGUUCAUUUCUUAGAUGCCAGACUUGAUGAAGUUGGAGUUAAUAACCUAAUUAAUUGACUGAAGGAAAAUGAAAAUUGGAGAAAAGAUGUUUAGCACUGUCCUUGGUAAUUUUCUGCACUGUUUCCUUCCGUAAGAAGUGAAAGAAUCAGAAAAGUAAUGGUAAUAAAGCAGUAAAGCUUUGGACAAGCGGCAGUGUUGAGGCUUAAUGUGUUCAUGGAGGAUGUACAGAUUAACAAGCAGCUUCUCAAGUGCUAGCUGAUCUGUUUAUUUGCUAACAUCGAUGAGUCCUACAUCAGUUGCGUAUCUGUUGGUAUGGUUUUGUUAAAAGAGAACAGGCUACAUUUUUUCUGUCCUGGUGAUGUUCUAUAUUAGGACUUAGCUUUAAUUUAUUGGGGGAAUUUUACUGGAUAUGGUCUUUUAGAUGUAUUCAUGCUUGAAUUUCCCCCAACUCUAUUUGAAUUCUUUAAGUUAUCUUUCUUUGCUGCAUUACCUAUAGAACUUUUUUUAUUGAAUUUAGAUACCGAUGAAGGGUCGGUCCCUUUGCUUUA